UUGUCAGGCACGACUUACCGAGAGACUUUACAAACAUUGAAGUACAUCCUCCCUUCCUUUGUUUACCGGAUCUAUAACAUUCGCUCCUGGCAACAAGGAAAGAUAACGACACUCUUCUUCCUUCUCACAGUUUCCCUCCCAAGUUCCUCACCAAGGCACAUCAUCGCACAACUGCUUCUCUGUCCGCAACCAUGCAGUUAAUAGCAAUUAUUACCAGCAUCGUCGCAGCUGUGACUUGCGUCUCUGCUCGCGGAAGACCGCCGCUAGCCAAGAGAGAAAUCGGAGGUGUCCUAAUCUGCAAUGGCGCCAACGCUACCGGCGCGUGCCAUUACGAGGUCUAUUCUCUCCAGGACUGCCACAACAUGCCCGAAGGCUUCUCGGGAAACACCAAGACCUUCGCUCCUGACGGCGACGCAUUCUACUGCUAUCCUAAAGUAGGUCAAUGCGAUGAUAUCUGCACAUCGCCUACGGGCUGCACAUUCGGCGCCGUCUCCUUCUACAACCCUGUCAAAUGGGAUCUGUCAUCCAUAAAAUGGGAUCAUCUUAUCGAGUCCUUCGACUGUUACCAGAACCAAACGACGAAAGCAUAGAAUGGAUUGUUGACGUGAAUUGGCUGGAGAUGUUAAUGGAAUUGUCAGAUAUGGUGUUAGACAAAAUAGACGCCUUAAUGCUAUAAUAAGUAAAAA